AGAAGGCAAAAUCAUGAAAAAGCAAAACUAUCAACACAAAAAGCAAAAACAUUGAUUCACUUCACACAAAAGAAUUGCUUCUCUUCCAAGCCAGCUAUAGAGUUAGUUGAUUUUCAACUCACACUGAUAAGUGUUCACUUCCGCCAUUAAAACCUCACAAGUCACACCGCUACUCACAAGAAAGAAGAUAAAAAGGUUUCUAUCAUCACUCACAUUACUAUAAAAACGCAUCAUAACGUUGUUCUUCUAUUCUUCUUCAAUUAACAAUGAAGAUUUCUACAUAUUCUUUUAUUCUUUUGUGCUUCUUUCAAUCCACGCGAGCAAUGUUAAAUCCCAUUGAUUUCUUAGCAUUGCAAUCGAUUCGAAGAUCGCUUCACGAUGUUCCUGGCUCCAAUUUCUUUUCAUCUUGGGACUUCACUGAUGAUCCAUGCAACUUCGCCGGAGUUUUCUGUGUUUCCGAUAAAGUUGUUGCUCUCAAUCUCGGCGAAUCCAGAGCCGGUUCACCUGGUUUAACCGGGAAAAUCGACACCGCCGUUGGUAAACUAUCUUCUCUCGUCGACUUAACCGUUUCUCCCGGUAGAGUUUACGGUCCACUUCCUCCGUCCAUUUCGAAAUUGAAGAACCUCAAGUUUCUCGGCAUCAGCCGGAAUUUCAUCUUCGGCGAGAUUCCGGCUGGGCUAGGUCAGCUUCGCAAUCUCAGAACAAUCGAUUUAAGCUACAAUCAGCUCGCCGGAGCUAUUCCUCCGUCAAUCGGAAAGUUACCGAAUCUAAACAACCUGAUGCUUCGUCAUAACCGUCUCACCGGUUCAAUUCCAUCCUUCGCUUCAGCUAAAAACCUGAACCGGCUCGAUCUAAAGCACAACUCACUCACCGGUUCACUCGCUCCUGAUUCUCUCCCCUCUUCCCUACAAUACCUCUCUCUAUCAUGGAACAAGCUUACCGGAACGGUGGACCGGGUUUUAUACAAACUAAACCGCCUCAACUACCUCGAUCUAAGCUUCAACCGGUUCACCGGUUCAAUCCCGCGUCAACUAUUCUCAUUCCCUCUAACCAACUUACAGUUAGAAAGAAACCAAUUAUACGGUCCGGUUGAACCGUUUAAUGAAGUUACAAUCCAAACCGUUGAUCUAAGCUUCAACAAACUAUCAGGUGAAAUAUCACCUUUGCUAGCUAGUGUGCAAAAUUUGUAUCUAAACAACAACGGUUUCACCGGCGAGGUUCCCGGUAGUUUUGUUGAACGGUUAUUAGCGGCAAGUAUUCAGAUACUGUAUUUGCAGCAUAAUUAUCUUACCGGAAUCGUGAUAAAUCCGACGGCGGAGAUUCCGUUGAGCAGUUCUCUUUGUUUACAGUAUAACUGUAUGGUUCCUCCUAUUCAGAUGACGUGUCCUUCUAAAGCUGGUUACUUGAAAAUUAGGCCUGCUAACCAGUGCCAUUGAAAAUCUUAUACCAUACAUUAUAUUAUUAUAUAGUUACAUUAAUUAAAAAAAUAAAAUAAUAAACUAUAUAGAUUUUGCUAUCUUGUCUUGUAUUUAAUUAUUCUUUUUGACAUAUUUUAAUAUUUCAUUAUUAUUAGUAUUUGUUUAUUGGAGUUUUGGGAUGAUAUUAAUGUACCAUGUUCUUUUUGGCUAGCAAAUAAAGUGACAAAUUUAGAAGUUUUC